GUACUGAGAUGCACAUACUGUAUCACCAUUUUUAAUGCUGGAACUGCUCUGAAUCUGACUUCAGGAAGAACACGUUUUAACUGCGCAGUGUCCUGGAAAAGACACUCUGUAUUGGGAAAGAAAGGAGCUGAGUUCCCUCCCAUUUUCCACUUUCCUGAUGUUCCAAAUGACCAGUACCUUGGAGUUAUGAUUUGUGGUGUUGUCAGGAUUCUAACUGUAACUGUAACUGACCAAAGAAUUCUGCAGAGCAGUUGCUGCUGUGGCUGGCCGGCUGCUCAGGCAAACGUCAGCUCAGUGGCCGAUAGCUCACUCAGUCUUCUUGAGGCUCAGGAGCACCUAGCAAACACCUGCUCUGUUCCUGCCACACUAGACUCUAGCUGAGGAAGGCAUUUCACGAUGUCUGCCAAGGUCUCCCCUGGUCCCCUCCUCUCCAAACCCCCCAUGCAGGUGAAAGAAGGCUCCCUGGUGGUCAGGUGGCUGAGAUUAGUGUCCGGGCUCCAGUUGUGUGCAUUCCUGAUAGAUAUUGCGGCCUGGAUUAUGUGCAUUGCCUCAACAGCCGUUGUCAACUGGCGAGUGUGGAGUGUGGAAAACAUAAAGGGAAUCGGCUCUGGAAACAUCUGGAUCGGAAUCUGGCAGGUCUGCUUUUGGAAAGACCCUUCUAACGACGGCAACUCUUUUUGGCAUUGCGAAGAUCUCAAUGAGCAGCAUCCAAGCCUCCCAAGGGAAAUUUUUAUUGCACAGGACUUAAUGGCAUUAGCUUCCAUUAUGAAUUCAGCGGCCCUUGGAUUGAUUUCAUUUGCCUUGUAUAAUGUGUUCGAGCCCAGAAAACAUAAGAAUUUUGUGUUAACCUUUUUUAGGCUUGCAGCUUUCCUGAACUUAGUUGCAGGGAUACUCGUCCUGAUUUCUGUGGUAUGGAACACGUCUGCCGUCUUACAUAAUGGGAAAAUUGUCUUCCCAGAAGAUUUUGAAUUGCCUCAAAUUCCCAGCGAGCAGCAUAUUGGACCUUCUAUUUACCUAGGCUAUAUCGCUGCAGGUUUCCAGCUGCUGAGUGCAGCAUUGGUUGGGAUUGAGAAAUUUUGCGUCAAGACCACCGCAACAGAUAAAUGUCAAAUAGCAACCGUAAGGCUGAUUACCCCAAGAAGCGCAGCAAAAAGCGAGAGUCUAACUACUUGUGGAAAGUGUGGUUCUCUGCUGGAUCUCGUAAUUGAAGAGAAAUACACAGAUGAGAUGGAGGAAAGCCGUGCGGAAGAUUUUGUCAUUCCAGAGGAAUCCUGCGAAGAGGAGAUGGAGGAAAGCCACACACCCCAAACCUCACCUGAAGGACAUCAAAGCCCACCUGAUGUUCCCAAACAUACAAUUAUAUAUGUGAUUCCCUACAACAGGGAGUGGUAAACUAUCAGAUCCAGAUCCAGGCAGAUCGUUCCAUACACGGAUGGAUCUGCGUGGAUCAGGAUCUGAUAGUUUUGUUUUGGGACUUCAGAUGGGCUUUGAUGUCCUUCAGGUGAGGAGGCCUCU